AUGAACGUUUACUCUGUCUUCGUCUUCGCCAUUUUGGCUGUCUCUUCCGUUUCCGGAAUCAUCAACAUCGGAGGAGGAAAGAAGUGUGGAGGCAGCAAUGGAGGAUAUGGAUCCGGAAUCAUCAUCGGAGCCCCAAAGCCAGGAGGAAAGUAA